CAGGAGUGUACUGAUGGGCUGCUUGAUCACCUGGAUGAGGAGUUGAAAGAAGCUGAAAAUGAAAACAAGAUGUACAGAAAGCUACUGGAGAAAUUGAAGAAGGGAGAGGAUGAUGGUGGUGAGGGAGGAGAUAGUGAAGAUCUUGAUGGAGAACUUAAGAAGUUGCUGCAAGAAACUGACCAAUUAGAGAAGGAGAUACAGGCCGAAGAGGUCAAGCAUAAAUCCCUUCUAUUGGACAUUAUAAAGGAAAAGAAUAUUUCUAAAGAAUUGGAUGAGGCAAGCAAUAGAUAUCAUUGCGAAUAUAAUGAGUUUAGAAGGCAAGUGAACGAAUGUGAAGAUGCUUAUAGGAGCGUUCAGAACCAGUUGAGGUAUGCAACAACUCAGUUGCAGAAGAUGGGCAAGAUUAACGUCUUUAAUACAUGUUUUCAUAUAUGGCAUAGUGGUCAAUUUGGUACAAUCAAUGGUUUCAGACUGGGCAGACUGCCUGGCAUCUCAGUUGAUUGGAACGAGAUUAACAUUGCUUGGGGGCAGACAGUUCUUUUGCUCUAUUCUCUAGCCAAUAAAAUUAAUUUUACUUUUAAGAGGUACCGUUUGGUUCCAUACGGCAAUCAUUCCUUCCUGGAAUGUCUUACUGAGAAAAGGGAGAAGUACCCGUUGUACGGACUUGGAACCUUUAAGUUUUACUGGGACACUAAGUUCGAUCAAGCUAUGGCCGCCUUUUUAGAUUGCCUUCAGCAAUUUAAAGAAGAGUUAGAGAGGCUUGAUCCAACUUGCUGCUUGCCAUACAAAAUGGACAAAGGUAAAAUUGAAGACGUCGAAGAUGGACUGUGGUACUCCAUCAAGAUUCAAUUCAAUUCGGAAGAGCAGUGGACAAAGGCCCUGAAGUUUAUGCUGACCAACUUGAAGUGGGCUUUGAUGUGGGUGGCCAAUGAAGAUAGCAAGCAGAACAACGAGAUCAUAAAUAGGUACAUCAGAGUUCCAGAUGAUGACGUUGCCAGCAACACAAGUCGUAGUAGUAGUAAUGUCGCCAGUGACGCUACUGCUGUUGCUGCUUUUGUUGCUGCUGCUACUACUCCUACUACUACUGCUGCUAGUAAUAAUAAAACACCGAGUAAAAAUAAUAAUAAUAAAAAUAAACUUACUGGCGACAGUAGUGGUAAUAGUAAUAAUAUUUUGAGUAAUAUUAAUAAAAGUAAAGUUAGUAGUGGCGUUAGCGGUAGUAGUAGUAAUAAUAAUAAUAAUAAUAAUAGAGGAAUUUUUAAGAAAAAUUCUUAA